ACCCCAACUCCGCUAGGGCGCCAAUUCAUUUUCCCCACAAGGCAUUUAUUUCCCGAGGGUCCACAGUCCGUCCGCCAAUUACCGCGCCCGUUCCUGAGCCCUGUGGCUGUGGAUCACUCCAGUACUGUUCCUCGCAAUAGCCUGCGGCGCAUUCUCUCUAGAGGCGAUGGCGAUCUCGCUUCCGAGUCUGAUGAGGGAGGGAAAAUCCCCAAUCGUCUUGUCCGUCUUCGUCUUGCUCAUCGUCGUCUUCAUUUUUGUCCUAACCAACGAUCAAUACUCUUACUUCAGCAGAAUCAGCACCGCCGAUCUCCAAGCCAAGCCGUCGGUCGCUCCGCCUCCGCCUCCGCCUCCGCCUCCGCCUCCGCCGCCUUCUCCGCCCAUACUUUUGAGUCCUCCGAUCUCAAUCCCUGUCUCGCGAGCGGAUGAUAGGCCUUCUUCUGCGAAUGCUACGACAGCAUCCGGUGAUGAGGUUCAGUUGAAUUGGCAGAUUUGCGAGGGGCCAUUGGCGGCGGACUAUAUACCGUGCCUCGAUAACAUGAAGGCCAUACAGCAAUUAAAGUCGAGAAGGCACAUGGAGCAUAGGGAGCGGCAUUGCCCGAAGAAAAGUUUAAGGUGUUUGGUUCCUCUUCCCCCCGGAUAUAGGGUUCCGGUUCAUUGGCCCAAGAGCAGGGAUAUGAUUUGGUUUGACAAUGUUCCUCACCCAAAGCUUGUUGAAUACAAGAAAGAUCAAAAUUGGGUGCGUAAGUCGGGUGACUAUCUAAUUUUUCCUGGAGGUGGUACUCAAUUUAAGGAAGGAGUUGCAAAGUACAUUAACUUCAUAGAAAAGACUUUGCCAACUAUCAAAUGGGGGAAGCAUGUCAGGGUUGUUUUAGAUGUUGGCUCUGGUGUUGCUAGCUUGGGUGGUUAUUUGCUGGACAAAAAUGUUAUUACCAUGUCCUUUGCCCCCAAAGAUGAACAUGAGGCUCAGAUUCAGUUUGCUUUAGAGCGAGGAAUUCCUGCUACUCUUGCAGUCAUUGGUACACAAAGACUGACGUUUUCAGAUAAUGCAUAUGAUUUGAUUCACUGUGCACGAUGCAGAGUUCACUGGCAUGCAGAUGGUGGGAAACCAGUUUUAGAGCUCAACAGGAUUCUUAGACCUGGCGGAUUUUUCUUAUGGUCAGCUACACCUGUUUAUCGUCAUGAUGAAAAACAUAAGAGCGUCUGGAAGGUUAUGCAAAAUCUGACAGAGUCUAUAUGCUGGAAGGUGGUUGCUAGGGCAGUUGAUUCUUACAGAAUAGGGCUUGUAAUAUUUCAGAAGCCUGUGACAUCUUCCUGCUAUAAAGAACGCAAAGAAAACAAUCCACCCUUGUGUGAUCAGAAUGAUAGGAAAAACAGUUCAUGGUAUGUGCCUCUCAGCAGUUGUCUUUCACAGCUCCCUGGAGAUGGCAUGGCUGGCUCAUUCAGCUGGCCCUUACCCUGGCCAAAAAGGCUCAGUAGUAGGCCUCUUAGCCUGCCAACUGAACCAGAUGCUGAAGAAAUGUUUUACGAGGACACGAAACACUGGUCUUCACUUGUGUCAGAUGUUUAUCUGGAUGCCCUUGGUAUAAACUGGUCAAGUGUCCGAAAUGUAAUGGAUAUGAAUGCUGGUUAUGGAGGGUUUGCAGCUGCUCUCAUUGAUUUGCCACUCUGGGUAAUGAAUGUGGUUCCGAUUGAUGUGCUGGAUACUCUGCCUAUCAUUUUUGAUAGAGGGUUAAUUGGAUUAUAUCAUGACUGGUGCGAGUCCUUUAAUACCUACCCCCGAACUUACGAUCUUCUACAUGCAAGCUUCCUUUUCAGAGACUUAAACCAAAGAUGUGACAUCAUAGAUGUAGCUGUGGAGAUGGAUCGUGUUUUGAGACCAGGUGGAUGGGUUUUGGUUCAAGACAGCAUGGGGAUUAUCAACAAGCUUAGUCCGAUCUUACGCUCGCUUCACUGGUCCAUAAACAUUUAUAAAGAACAGUUUCUUGUCGGUAAGAAAAGUUUUUGGCAUCCAGUGAACGGCGACAACAAAGUAUAAGAAGAGAUGAUCAAUAAUUUUCAACUUACAAUUUGACUUUGACCUCUGUCUACGAAGGAAAAAAUUACAUAUGCUCUUAGCUGCUUCGCAUGAAGAUGUGUGGUGGCGUUUAAAGAACCAUUUUUUUUUGGGAGGCUCUGCCGUUGUAUCUUUGGUAGAAAAUCAUACUAUCAUGUUCAGUUUCUGUUUUCAGAUGAGCUUAUUUUUUCAACCUUUUUUCUUCUUGAGUAUGACUGGUAGAAUUUGGAGACUGAUUAUAAAUAGUUCAGGCGACCACAUGGAUAUAUUAUGAUAUAUUAUAGAUUAUACCA